AUGGCGGAAGCGAUACAGCAGCUUGUUCUGGAUACUCUCGAUAAAUCCGGGAUCAUUCAAGAUACUCGGACGCUGACUUUGCCCGGAUACACGGAGCCUGCUGCUAGUCAUGAUGCCCAGAUCAUCAUUCUUGGUGCCCUCAACUCGCUCUCCAGUCGUGAGAUGAUCACAUACACGACUCAAGAAACAUUAUCCCAUGUGCUUACUUCAGAGGGCUCGCAAAUAGCACUGCAGGGAUCACAUGAGGCUCGCGUGUGGGCUGCACUUCCUGUCAAAGGUGAAGGCGCGCCAUUGACCCCAAAGCAACUCGAAGAGAGGGUGGGCUCCGAGGCCGCCAAGGUCGGUCAGGGCCGGGCUUUCAAAAACAAAUGGAUCGGGAAAGAAGGAGCUGGUCUUGUCAAGACAGCAACAUCAAUAGAAGACACGACUCAAUUAGAAAUGCGGGAAGUCGACUCUAGCGGCACCCUGAAGGCAGGAGAGAAAGAGCUCGCUGAAUUGAGAAAACGAAAGCUGAUCGUGCAGAGAAAAGGCCAGUGGUUCACUGUCCACAAAGGGUCUGCCUUCAGUACAUCAAUAGAGAAACCCGAGACGGAUCUGACAACCGAGAUGCUUACAACAGGCUCCUGGAAAACUGCGACAUACAAAAAGUACAACUUUGAGGCAGAGGGUUUGCAAUCCAAUGGCGGUGCUUUGCAUCCCUUGCUGAAAGUUCGCGAGGAGAUCCGGAAUAUCUUCUUGGAAAUGGGUUUCGCAGAGAUGCCAACGUCAUGUUUCGUGGAGUCCGGCUUCUGGUGUUUCGACGCCCUUUUUGUCCCUCAGCAGCAUCCAGCGCGCGAAGUACAGGACACCUUCUAUCUUUCCGACCCCGCAACAUCCCUCCCACCACCAGCCGCAUACUACUCUCGCGUGUCCAAGGUGCACGAGCACGGAGGAUACGGCUCGACGGGGUACCGCGCGCCCUGGUCUGACGCAGAGUCUCGCAAGCUCCUGCUGCGCACGCACACCACCGCUUCGUCCGCCGCGAUGCUCUGGAAGCUCGCUGCCCGCUGCCGCGGGGAGGACGAAGACACGUCCGCGGACGAGCCUGCGGCGCACCCUGGCGGCGCGACGCACGGGGAGAGGAAGAGGGACGAUGGCUUCCGGCCGGCGAAACUCUUCAGUAUCGACCGCGUGUUCCGGAAUGAGACCAUGGACGCGACGCAUCUGGCCGAGUUCCACCAGGUGGAGGGCGUUGUCGCAGACCGCGGCCUGACCCUCGCUGAUCUGAUAGGAUUCAUGCGAGUGUUCUUCAAAAAGAUGGGCAUCGAGAACCUGCGGUUCAAGCCCGCGUACAACCCCUACACAGAGCCGUCGCUGGAGAUCUUCGCUUUCCAUCCACAGCUGCGCAAGUGGGUAGAAGUGGGGAACAGCGGCAUGUUCCGCCCCGAGAUGCUUGAGCCGAUGGGCUUCCCCAAAGACGUGCAUGUGCAUGGGUGGGGCAUUUCGCUCGAGAGACCCACCAUGAUCCGAUACGGAAUCAAUAACAUUCGCACGCUGGUGGGCCACAAGGUGGCUAUAGAGGCAGUCGAGAAAUCACCGGCAGUGAGAUUCUGA